GCGUGCCAAGGGGCACACGACUUGCUGCUCAGGAAAUCCUCGCGGUCUCACCGCCGCGCCGCGAGAGAGAGAGCGACAGAGGCCCGGGACCCCAUUCUCUCUUCUUCUCUCCUUUGGGGCUGGGGCAACUCCCAGGCGGGGGCGCCUGCAGCUCAGCUGAACUUGGCGACCAGAAGCCCGCUGAGUUCCCCACGGCCCUCGCUGCUCAUCGCUCUCUAUUCUUUUGCGCCGGUAGAAAGGAUGACGCCUCAACCCUGGGGUGCGCCCACUGUCCAAGUGACCCGUGAGACGGAGCAGUCCUUCCCCAGAGCCUCGGACGACGAAGUGACCUGCCCCACGUCCGCCGCGCCCAGCCCCACUCGCACACGGGGGAACUGCGCGGAGGCGGAAGGGGGCGGCUGCCGAGGGGCCCCGAGGAAGCUCCGGGCACGGCGCGGGGGGCGCAGCCGGCCUAAGGGCGAGUUGGCACUGAGCAAGCAGCGACGGAGUCGGCGAAAGAAGGCCAACGACCGCGAGCGCAAUCGAAUGCACAACCUCAACUCGGCGCUGGACGCGCUGCGCGGUGUCCUGCCCACCUUCCCAGACGACGCGAAGCUCACCAAGAUCGAGACGCUGCGCUUCGCCCACAACUACAUCUGGGCGCUGACUCAAACGCUGCGCAUAGCGGACCACAGCUUGUACGCGCUGGAGUCGCCGGCGCCGCACUGCGGGGAGCUGGGCAGCCCAGGCGGUUCCCCCGGGGACUGGGGGUCCCUCUACUCCCCAGUCUCCCUGGCUGGCAGCCUGAGCCCCGCUGCGUCGCUGGAGGAGCGACCUGGGCUGCGGGGGACCACCUCUUCCGCCUGCUUGAGCCCAGGCACUCUGGCUUUCUCAGAUUUUCUGUGA